AUGACGAGACUUCCGGCCUCGUGUUCAUUUACACAAGCACUUGUUAAUGUAAUCAAUGUUCUGAGCGGCAUAGGACUCCUUACGACUCCUUAUGCUGUUAAAGAAGGAGGGUGGAUGAGUCUUACUCUGCUCAUAAUAUUUGGUGUCGUUGCAUGUUAUACUGAUAUUUUGUUAAAGAGAUGCCUAGAGAGCUCUCCUGGUCUACACACUUAUCCCGAUAUCGGACAGGCUGCUUUCGGUGUAGCCGGUCGCUUCAUUGUAGCUGUAACUUUGUAUGCAGAAUUAUAUGCUGCGUGCGUCGAGUACGUAAUAAUCAUGAGCGACAAUACGUCCACGAUUUUCCCAAACACCAGCAUACAUAUUGGCGGAAUAUAUCUUAAUGCUCAUCAAAUAUUUUCUAUCAUAGGAAUUCUCAUUGUUCUCCCAACUGUUUGGCUCCGAGAUCUUAUUGGUGGAGUAGGAGCAUCAAUUUUAGUGGUACUUUGCUUGUUAUGGGUUGGGGCUGUCGAUCAAGUUGGGUUUCAUCGAGCUGGAACUACUCUUAACCUGGCAAACCUACCCAUUUAUGUUGGUAUAUAUAGUUUCUUCUAUGCAGGCCAUAAGGUAAUUCCAGAUAUAUAUUCUUCCAUGAAAGAGCCUUCACUUUUUCCGCUUGUACUUAUACUCAGCUUUAUAUUUUGUUGGUUCAUCUGCACUGGGGCAGCAAUCUCUGGUUUUCUGAUAUUUGGUGACUCGAUUGAAUCUCAGAAACAUGCCAAUAAAAUUUGCAGCCUCCAAAUUGCAGUCUGCACAGUGGUGAUUAUAACAAUAUCAAAGUAUGCCUUGACACUCACUCCCAUUGCAUCGGGUCUCGAAGAACUCGUACCUUCGAAAUGGUCGAGAUCUUAUGGUGUAUCCAUACUCAUCAGAACAGCUUUAACGAUUUCAACUUUAGUUGUUGCAAUGACAGUUCCCUUCUUCGCUUUUCUCAUGGCAUUGGCUGGAUCUUUGCUCACAAUGCUAAUUACUAUUAUAUUCCCAUGUGCCUGUUAUCUCAGCAUACUUGGCGGUAAAUUAACCAAUUUGCAAAUGGGAGUGUGCAUUUUCAUUGCCAUUGUGGGGUUUUUGAUUGCUUGUGAUGGCACAUAUUCGGCGCUCAUAAGAUAA